AUGUCUCUACCAUCCGGAUUUUGUCGGGUGUGCCUGCGUCUUCUGGAAAAUCCUCACGCUCUGUCUUGUGGGCAUUUCUUUUGUGAACAUUGCUUGCCUCCGGUUACAAGCUUCGAUGGUCCGGUUCCAGGAACCAGUUGUCCAAUUUGUGGGGUGAGGGCAAGUGGAAAUCCUCUGAAAAUCACCCUCGGUAUCUUCCGGAGUGAUGUGGAUCAGAGCGAAUAUUCCAACAGAGCGAGAGCUUUCCCUAAUGAAGACUCUCCGUCAACAGCGAAUUACCUGCGCCUCCCUUUGGCUAAUCAAGAGGAGAUGAAGACACGAUUACGCCAACUUAAAGAGGAUGUCCAAAUUUUGACGUUGAUGACCGAUAUGGAACACUCGGGUACCAAUACAGCGGUCCAGCUGCAGACAGCCCAAGAACAUCUCCGCGAAAUUGAAACUGGCGAAGGAUCGUCGUUCGACGAUGGCGAUUGA